AUGGCAACUCUACCCAACUCGUUCAGGACCCGGCCAGAAUUCACCAAUCCCUGGAACAGACCCCCAUCCAAGUCGUCGCAACUGUCGGAUCAAUCGUCCGAUGGUCGCAUUGCACACACCUUGACGGCGUGUACCCGGUGCCGACAGCGUAAAUCUAGAUGUGAUCCCGGAAUCCCAAAAUGCGCCCCGUGCCAGCGCAGCAAUACGAAGUGCGUCUAUUACGACUCGGCGCGAAAAUGUACCAUCCCGCGAACCUACAUCAGCACCCUCCGCGACAAGGCUCGCGCCAUGGAAAGGGAACUGGCGGCGCUUGAGAAGGACUUUGAACAUGCAGCGGAUGCUGAAUUUAUGGUGCGCGGAGCCGGUCGCAUUCGCUUCAAAGAACACGACGAGUCGCGAUACUUAGGACCGUCGAGUGGGAUCGCCAUCACGCGUUUGGUCAUGGAGAUGGCCAAACACAACACGGAUUCAAAAAGCAUCAAAGAUGUCGUACCGGAAUUUACCGCCCAGGAGAUCAAAGACCGCUUUAUCUUGGAGAGCUCCAAGCCCACAUCCAAAAUCUUCCCCAUCAUAAGCUCUACCCCGCAGCAGAGCCUACCUCCCAGAGCGAUUACGUACCGACUUGUCGAUGUAUAUAUGGUCAAAGCCCAAGCAAUGCUCCCCACGCUGCAUGAACCCACGUUCCGCCAAGAAGUCGAAGAUGUAUUCAAUGGUUCGAAAGACCCGUGCAAAAACUUCCAGCUCCGCAUGGUGAUUGCCAUUAGCAUGCAGAAGAUGAGCCCCGACUUUGCCGGGCUGGCGGAUGGCUAUUACCUGGCCGCGCUGCCUUUCUUAGAAGCUUCCCUUCAACGAAUGGACCUGAGGUCAUUGCAAUGUCUGAUCAUGAUCGCGCAAUACUCCUUGUUGACCCCUACGCGGACGGCCGCAUACUGGGUUGUUGGAAUAGCAGUCAGACUAAGCCAGGCAUUGGGACUGAUGGACGAGUCGACUGUAGUGCGCUCACCUAGCGGGGCGCCAUUGAAUCCGUUGGAGAUUGAUAUGCGCCGGAGGCUAUUUUGGAUCGUCCUCUCGAUGGAGUAUGGUCUUUCCCACAGCCUCGGGCGUCCCAGCUCCUUUUCGGUCCAUCAUGACUUUAUCGAUGUCAAAUUCUUCGAGAUGGUCGAUGACAAGUACAUCACCGCGGAGGGGAUCAUCCCUGGAGGGGUCCCAAUCCUACCCAAGUGUAUCGCCAUCCACUUCUUUAAAAUGCGCCUCCUCCAAUCCGAGAUCCGGCGGACUCUCUACCUCAACAAGCGCGAGACGCCACUUGAUGAUCAAGACCCGUGGUUCUCCCAGAUGCUCUCUAAGCUCGACUACUGGGUGGCCUCGUGUCCGAAGAAAGAUGGCGGCAGUGGACUCAGUACCACAUGGUUCCAUGGUCGACGGAAUACGAUGAUCGUCUUCAUGUUUCGACCCUCGCCCCAGGUCCCCGAACCGUCGGUCAGCGCUGCAGAAAAAUGCUAUGAAGCGUCCGUCUUCAAUGUCAAAAUGCAGCGCGAACAGCUUCAGACGCAGUCGGUGGACUUGACCUGGAUUUUCACUCAGUCGCUCUUCAUGGCUCUGAACACGAUCCUCUGGUCCCUAUCAUAUCCCGAUAUCCGACGGGAGCACCCGAUCGAGGAAGUGAUGGGUCACUUAGAAGUGGCCAUGGAAGCGAUUGCCCUCGCAUCGAGACGGUGGCCCGGCGUCGAAUCGGCCUUGAUUCUUUAUCAGAGCCUCGUGACCGCGUGCUUGAAAGCCUACAAUACCGACGAGUCCUUCGUGGUGUCGUCACCGGCGAACCAAGGGACUCCCGCCUCUUCGCAGGAUGUCACUAGUCCUCCGCCCACGACGAGCCCCGCGAGCACCACCGCCUCCUUCCACUCCCAGAAUGUUCGGGGAGCCAGUUCCUCGGUCACCGACAGCGCAUCGGUCCACGCCUUCUCCCGGGGGCCUUCGACUGACCCUCCCCCUUCUCACUCACAGCCAUCGUCCCAGACUUCCCCCCUAUCAAGUGUGGCCAUUGAGCCCAUCAAAGCAACCGACUUCGCCCUAUGGGAUCCCCACUCGCACACGCAGUCGUCACCUUCGUCGAACGCGACGCCCACCCCAUUCACCACAGCCCCAUACAAGAAAUCCGAGACGACCUGUGCCGAUCUGCCCUUCGACGCCGCAACGCCGUAUAAUCCCUUUCCAUCCGUGUUACCAGGGGUUUCGGGUUGGGAUCCCAAUGCAUCGAUCGCCUCCACCACCUCGGAGACUCUGGCAUAUAUCAAUGCCGCUUUCAAUCCGUUAGACUGGAUGGACACAAUGGAUGACCAGUAUUCUCAAUACCUCAACGGCGCUUAUCCGACCUCCUCCUGGAGGGAACGGACCCUGAGCCAGCAAGAUCAGAUCGAGCUGAUGGCGUCCCUGGCGGACAACAUUCCGGAUGUUUCGUCCCAACUCGUGCAGGACUCGGUUACUUUUUACCAGUCGUGA